AUCCCUCCACGGACGCCAGUGCUGCUGUAGCCUACCAGCACACAAUUUCCUCGUGCGUGCAGAUGGUACUCUGGUUCGAUGGCUUCAGGGAAACGGAAUUUCUGCAUUUGAGCCUCAGUUCGGUGAUUCGGGAUUUACUAAAUGUAAUAUUUGACACGGCUGCUGCAGACCUCUGACUUCUUCCCAGCGACCAGACGAAGUGCCAAGUUGUGCCAAAACAACAAAGCAGUGCGCGUUCUCUCUCUCUCUCUCUCGCUCUCUCUCUCUCUCUCUCUCUCUCUCGCUCUCUCUCUCGCGCGCGCGCUCUCUCUCUCGCUCUCUCGCUCUCUCUCGAUCAAGUAUUUAGAUUUGGCAAAUCAAAGCCUUUCAAGGUUAAUUCCUUCAACCAACUUCAUAGCUGGUUUUAAUUAUUUUUUAACUUGGAUUUUUUUUUCUUUUCUUCUUCAUCAAUGAAGUCCGGCAUCAAUUUUAAACAGACUGCCUUUAGAAUAACAGGUGACCAACGAAUUCAAGAUGAGAAGUUUGAUCGUUUUUAUUCUGUCUUUAUCAACGUGUCUGUCAGUGGUGAGUGGAAGACAUCCAACAUGUAACUUCCUUCUGGAGCUUAAGAAAGACCAGGAGGAAUGUCUUGUGAAGCUGAGGGAACAAGAAUCUUCAAAUGCCUCCAAAGCAACGGGAUGCAAAGCUAUCUGGGAUAACAUAGCAUGUUGGAGCCGUGCAGAGGUUGGAGAGACAGUCACUAGAGAGUGCCCCAGAGUGCUCAAGAUAUUCUUUGGGAGAAAUGGAAACAUAAGUAAGAACUGUACAGAGGACGGAUGGUCUGAAGUUUUCCCCCAAAUAACCAGUGUGUGUGGGGCAGAGGAAAAGCAUGAUAAGUUGGUCUUCUUUAUGGUGGUGAAGACUCUGUACACCCUGGGCCACAGUUUGUCUUUGAUUGCCCUCACAACCGGGAGCGCCAUCCUCUGUGUAUUCAGAAAACUCCACUGCACUCGGAACUACAUUCACCUCAACCUGUUCUUUUCAUUCAUCCUGAGGGCGGUGGCGGUCCUUGUGAAGGACGACAUCCUCUUCUCUCGCAGCAAUCAGUGUUCUGAGCUGCCUUCACUGAUCGGAUGCAAGGCGAGCCUGGUGAUUUUUCACUACUUUAUAAUGGCCAACUUCUUCUGGUUGCUGGUUGAGGGCCUCUACCUCCAUAUGCUGCUGAUUGUCAUGUUCUCUGAAAAUAGACACUUCAUAGUUUAUCUUCUCAUUGGCUGGGGAAUCCCAACAGUGUUUGUUUCUGCAUGGGUUAUUACAAGGGUUUAUUUUGAGGAUACUGGAUGCUGGGAACAGAAUGAUAACCCAAUCCCCAUGUGGGUGAUCAAUGUACCCAUAGGAAUCUCCAUCAUGGUGAACUUCCUCCUGUUCAUCAGUAUUAUAAGAAUCCUGGUUCAGAAAUUGAGGUGUCCUGAUGUGGGUGGCAACGACCAGUCACAAUACAGGAGGUUGGCCAAAUCCACUCUCCUGCUGAUCCCUCUGUUUGGCAUCCAUUACGUUGUCUUUGUGUCUCUCAAUGAAGCCAUGGCAGAUUACAAAAUCUUCUUUGACCUCGCUAUCGGAUCCUUUCAGGGCCUGGUGGUUGUCAUUCUGUACUGUUUCUUAAACAGUGAGGUUCAAGGGGAACUGAAGAGAAAAUGGCAGAGUAUAUGCCUCAACUGCCAUAUGGCCAGAAACUACACCCAGCACAACACUUAUGCCUCCAGAAACGGCUCAGAGAACAUGGCUCAGUUCCAACGUAACUGUCGUGCCCAGUCCUUCCUGCAGACGGAGACCACUGUACUGUGAGGGGUGAGGGUAAAGAGGGAUCUGUCUCCAUUAAAACGCUAUAAAACUCUGGUAUUGGCCUAUAUACACACUACAGCACGCAUAGGCUACAGUUGUGGGCACUAAAAGGUUAGGUUGGCCCACAGUAUUGGCAGAACAAUUGCUGCAAUGGCUCUCUAGGAUCUUCUAAUGAGUUUGUCACAAAAACCUGUACCCUUUAUUGUACCUGCAACUUAUGGCAGAUGACGUAACAGGGUAUUUUUAACAGAUAUGAAUAAAUUGGGCUGUCUGCAGUAAUGUCAAUGUUUUUAAUUAAUCGGUUAGUUUAAAUAAACAUUUCAUUACUGGAUGCCAGGGAGAAGUCAUGGCUCUUAUACCGAUCUCUUUCUCUCUCUUUCUCUCUCUUUCUCUCUCUCUUUCAAUUGAUUUCACGCUGUGUUUAAUGACCUCAUGCAGCCAUCCACCCAUGUGUUCUGACACUAGUCUAAAUGAACAGUCUUUCAAGUUAAUAUCUUGGUCCCAAAUGGCACCCUAUUUCCUAUAUAGUGCACUACUUUUGACCAAAGCCCUAUGGGCCCUGGUCAAAAGUAGUGCACUAAACAGGGAAUAGGGUGCCAUUUGGGAUGUAGACAGUAUAUUUUGAGUCAUUUGUGAUGACUUUCAGAGUGAAAAUAACUAAAGGGUAAGAGAGAUUUAUGGAUUCAAAUUAACAAUGGUUUCAUCUUGACUGUCAAACAUUGUAUCUACUUUCAUAAAUGUAAAAUAACUGUAGCAUAACUUUAGUUUUCUUCAUGGUUUAUUUGCUGUUUAAACAAUUAAGCAAUGUGUUGUCAAACUGAACUGUGGUUCUAGUAGAUGUAAUUUUGUCAAACAUGAUUACAAGGAGACUAGGAUUGUCAUGGCAAGGAUGUAUAGACAGAUAUACAGUACGUAUAUUGUACAUGUUGCUUUUUAUUGCCGUCGAGAGGAAUAUAAUGGAUAUUGAGAUUUAAAUUAGAUAGUUGAGAACAAGUACAAUAUGAGCAGGGUGGAGAAGAGGUGAAUUGUAAAGGACCAUUGUGUAUAUUAGAGGGACUAUUGAUCUACCGCAAAGUCUAAAGUACUGGUAUGUCAUUUUUGCUAAGAUAUUACUCAGCAUUAUUUUCUGCAAAGACCCCAUGAAUGUCAUACCACAACAUGAUUGAUGAACAAUCUCUUGUUAGUAUUGUAUCAUAAGAAUGUAAUUUUCCUCUUGAUCUUUUACAGUAUGUUAUGCUUUUUUGUGUGUUCAUUCCUCAUCAAGACAACCAACCAAAGCCAUCUCUGAUGUAAGUUAUAUAACUAUGCUGUCUAUUUAAAUUUUAACUCAAAGUAUGAGUUCUGUGGUGGAUACAUGCUCCUGUCUGGACUGCUGCUGAACAAACUGACCCUGAACCAGACCUGAUUUCAGGUGCUUCGUGUAGAUAUGGAAGAAAGAGAGGACAUGACUGCUGAUUACCUUGGCAUUUCCCUCAGAAAGGUGUUUCCACUGAGAAGGUGACAAUGUUUAGACUUGAGGUCAUACUAGAAGGAGACCUAGGCUCCAACAUGGUCAUCUUUUGUAUUUCAUUAAAAAAUCCUCCCAAAUGUACGAUUAUUCCCUGAUCUCCUAACAGAUUUCAUAUUACAAGCGACAUCAUGUAUUUGCCAUGUAGAAUGCUGCCAGGAUUGUGUUUUUUGCAUGUUUAUCGUUGAUGUAGUCAAUCAAAAUGUUAACAGUGCCUAAUACUUACUAUUUAAUCUUAGAGUUAUUUUAUUCUACAUCCUGUUGCUGUCUGAUUCCCAAAUGGCACACUAUCCCCUACAUAGUUCACUACUUUGACCAUCUC